GACAAUUAUUUGGCAUCAUGGGUAUUGUAGUUUAGUACAGAACGCUUUCACGACGGAGGAACUUUACGGCAGUCCAUGAACUACAAAGACGCAGUCGCAGUUUCCUGACCUUCUGAGGUACUCAAGCAAGCAUGGCUGCCCGGGCACUGACGAAAGGGCUUUGGGGGCUGCGACACUCCAGAGCUGUUACACUGGGAUACCCCUCUGGUGGACAUCACUAUGGCACUGCAGCGUCUAUCAAAACACCUCAACUCCAAACUGACGAGGUUUCAGAAAAGAUAAUGAAACUUCCCCUCGAGAGCCCAGACUUCUUCCGUGUGUCAGAGCUCUUCUCGGUGAAAGCAAUGUUCUACGCCGGAGUGCAUCUGGGUCACAAAAAAGGUUCCAGGCACAGGCUCAUGGAGCCAUACCUCUAUGGCUGCCGUUUGGACCAGGAUAUAAUCGAUCUCGACAAGACUACGGAGCACCUCCAGCAAGCCCUGAACUUCAUCGCACAUGUAGCGUAUCGAGGUGGCGUCAUACUGUUUGUCAGCCGCCAGCGUCGGUUUGGCCACCUGGUGGAGAACACUGCAAAGGGUUGUGGGGAGUACGCCCACACGAGGUACUGGCAGGGCGGCCUCCUUACCAACGCCCCCAUCCAGUACGGCCAAGGUAUCCGCUUACCGGACCUCAUCAUCUUCCUUUACACUCUCAACAAUGUGUUUGAGCCGCACGUUGGAAUCAGAGAUGCGGCAAAGAUGAACAUUCCUACAAUUGGUAUUGUGGACUCAAACUGCAACCCCAGCCUGUUGACGUACCCGGUGCCCGGCAAUGAUGACACUCCGGGCUCCAUGGAGUUGUUCUGUCAUUUAUUCAAGAUGACUAUCAUUCGUGCUAAGGACAAACGGAAACAGAUGGAGCUCAUUCAUUCUGUUUAGGGCGACAAACUAUCGAUUGUUUCUAUUAUCAAUUAAUCUGCCAUUUGUUUCUCGAUUUAAUUGUUUAGUCUAUAAAAUGUCAGAAAAUUGUCCAUCCCAGUUUCAUCAAGGUGAUCUCUUUAAAUGUCUUGUUUUGUCAGUACAAAACC